AUGAUUCGGGCACUCCUCCAAGACUGCCACCUUCGAUUGCGCAAAUACAACGGGGUUAUACGCCAAGAGGUUGCAAAGUGCACUGACGUCAUCGGUGAAGAUGGCGUCACACUGUUACAACAAGUCAUCGAUAAACGGGUUAAAGAGCUGCGAGCACACAGGGAUGCUGAGCUGGCCACUAAGCUUCGAAGCAUAAGCCACUCAUCUCCGGGAGAAGACGAAAUCCUUGUCCACAAUAUGUCCUCCAAACAGCUGACUCCUACACAAUUGAAAGUACUGAGUCACGAAGCUUGCUUCAACACCGCAGACGCCGAUCCGGUCAAUCUCGUGGCCACGGUCGAGUCGAUCCUCAAACAAACCGGGGAACCGGACGAGACAACGCAUCUCAUUCGGCAACAGGUUACCUCCUUGGUGAUGGCGCACAAACCACGUGCCAUUAUUACCAAAGCGGAGCAGAGCGCUCUCAAGGCACUUAGGAAUGAUACCAGCAUUGUAAUACUACCGGCAGACAAAGGCCGUUCCACAGUAGUGCUGGAUAAGACAGAUUACGCUCAGAAGGCCAACGCUCUACUGGAGGACCGACAGGCGUACCUCCCAUGUGGUGAGGAAUCGAUAAAGAUGUUAGUGACGCAACUGGAGAAGACGCUUACCGACAUGCAAUCAAACAAAGCAAUAAGCAAAUCGGUACGGCUGACCAUUAAGCCGACAGAUGCGGCUCCAGCACGUUUCUAUGGCCUACCGAAGGUACACAAACCCGGUCUCCCGCUCCGGCCAAUCGUUUCAUUGCGCGGUACACCUACAUAUAAUCUGGCAAAAUGGCUAUUCCGCAAACUGAGGUCUCUCACCUCGAACGCAGCCACGACCGUCUGUUCAGCGGUUCAGUUCCUAGAACGGCUCAAAGGCAUCCGACUCAGCGAAGACGAGGUCAUGGUGUCAUUCGAUGUCACCGCACUCUUCACUUCGAUCCCGCAAUGCCUAGCAGUCCAAACGGUUAGCGAACUGCUCCAAUGCAAGUACGACGAGACGGAAGAAAGUGUGAAACGGACUCAUCUCAUUCAAUUGCUGAAAUUCUGCCUGAAGACGUUCUUUACCUUCGACGGGAGGGUGUACGAACAGACCAAGGGGACGCCGAUGGGAUCGCCGCUUUCAGGCUUCAUAGCAGAAGCAGUUCUCCAAAAGGUAGAGACCAAAGUCUUCGAGACCUACAGGCCAAAAUUUUGGGCUCGAUAUGUUGAUGAUAUCUUUGUCAUCAUCAAGCGGGAAAUGGUUCAAACCUUUCACAAUGUCCUCAAUUCGGUUUCGCCUGAUAUUCAAUUCACAAUGGAGGCCGAAAGCAACAACGAACUACCGUUCCCAGACGUACUGGUUCACCGGAACCCAAAUGGACACCUGAAAACAACGGUGUAUAGGAAGGCCGCCAAUACGCGCCAAAUCCUGAGCUACCACAGCAAGCACCCGUUGUCCCACAAACGCAGCUGUGUACGCACACUAUACAAAAGGGCAGAUACACACUGCAGCGAGCCAGACGACAAAAGGUCGGAACUACGCCACCUUCAGCGCCUCUUCAUGGCGAACGGUUAUCCUCGAAAUUUUAUAGAACGUAACAGGCAGCCUGUGCCAAGCCGAAGCCCAGUGACAGAACGACCAAAAGUUUGGCGAGCCCUUCCUUACAUUGACGGCGUCUCUGAGGCGGUCUCCCGUCUCCUAAGGCCACUAGGAAUCGGAAUUGCCCAUCGGCCAGAAUCAACAAUCCGGCAUCUAGUAAUGAGACCCAAGACCCCGCUGCCACCCGGUGAAACAACAAACGUGAUUUAUCGGAUCCAAUGCAGCUCCUGCGAGAUAAACUAUAUUGGGGAGACCGGUAAACGACUCCAGACCCGUGUUAAAGAACACAUCAGGGCCGUAAGGAGGAUGGACCAGUUAUCCCUGGUGGCAGAACACUGCGCAAACUCUGGACACACAUUCGCUUUCCAGAGUGCCGAAAUCCUGGGCCAAGGAAAUGAUCGCGUGACCAGGGAAACAAUCGAGGCCUGGCACACCAGCACGAACUCCAUCAACCGCUGUGUAGCGCUUCCCGAAGCCUACCAGGCCCUCCGGACGCAGCUCAGAGAACAGGCGAACAAACGCGGGUUACGAGGACAAAGGAAUCCAAUUACGGCCGGGUCCAUGGGGGACGCAAACGCAGCUGCACUUCAACUUGGAUCUGGCGAAGGUGCGAUCGCCACAACAGUCGCGACACCCACUUGUCCAGCCGGUGAGAAAACGGACGUUCGCAGAAACACAAGCGGACCCGACGAAGGUGCCAGCGUCACUGCCACUUAUCCGGCAGGUGAGAACGUAGGCUGUCGCGGGGCCUUAAAGAAGAUUGCCAGCCGAGUACGAGACCUAAGAUCCACGGGGGACACAAACGCAGCUGCACUUCAACUUGGAUCUGGCGAAGGCGCGAUCGUCACAACAGUCGCGACACCCACUUGUCCGGCAGGUGAGAAAACGGACGGUCGCAGUAACAGAAACGGACCUGAAGAAGGUGCCAGUGUCACUGCCACUCAUCCAGCAGGUGAGAACACAGGCCGUCACGAGGUCGCAAAGAAGAUUGUCAGCCUAGGACGAGAAGUACGAUCCAUGCGAACACGUGCGAUGACGGCUAGCGCCCGAACGCCGGCCCCCGACGAGAGCUAA